UAACUCACUGCAUUCAGCUAAGUUCAAGUCUUUGAAUUACAUCUUUUUAAAUUCCAGCCCCCCUCUCAACUAUGGAGAUUUCAGGGAAAUUAGAAGGAUCUGCAAUUUUUUUGGUUAUAUUGAUGGUGUUAUUUAUUACUAGUCAAAUAACAAAUGCAGCAACUACGUACAACGUUGGAGAUAGUGAUGGUUGGACAUUGGGUGUUAGCAACUGGCCUAAUGGCAAGAAUUUCAAAGCUGGUGAUGUGCUUGUAUUUAAAUAUCCAAAAGGUGUUCACAAUGUGGUGAUAGUGAACAAAGCGAACUACCAUAAUUGUAAUGGUUCUGGAAAAACAUUGACUUCUGGGAAUGAUAGAGUAACCCUUAAAAAGGGAGAUGCCUACUUUAUUUGUGGUAUUGCUGGUCAUUGUGAUGGUGGCCAAAAGAUUGCAGUCACUGCUAAUUAGAUAAAUAAUUAUCGCUUUCUUCCAAUCGUUUUGAUCUAUCUCUUCGUUUCUAUAUUUGAGAGGAAAAAAUGUAACAAGUAACAAAUGAUUGGAUCAUAAUUUCGAUCUUAUAACAUGAAGUCGUAUUUUAGUAGUGAUGUUUAA